UUUGUAAUUUCCAGGUCAGGACGAGAAGAGGGCGGGAGGAUGGGGGAGACGGGCUGCCCGCUCCGGGCCCACUCCCGCUCUCUGAGCUCGCUCCCGCCGGAGCCGUUCAUGAUCAUGCGCUCAAAGGCGCUGAACAGGAGAGUCGUUAUCAACGUAGGAGGGGUCAAGCAUGAGGUCCUCUGGAGAACGCUCGAGCGCCUACCUCACACAAGGCUCGGACGACUAAGAGACUGCAACACCCACGAAGCAAUCACCGAGCUCUGUGACGACUAUUCUCUCAUCGACAACGAGUAUUUCUUCGAUCGCCACCCCAAGUCCUUCUCCUCCAUCCUUAACUUUUACCGGACGGGUAAGCUUCACUUAGUGGACGAGAUGUGUGUGCUCGCCUUCUCCGAGGACCUCGAAUAUUGGGGAGUGGACGAGCUCUACCUGGAGUCUUGCUGCCAGCACAAGUACCACCAGAGGAAGGAACACGUCCACGAGGAGAUGCGGAAGGAGGCGGAGUCGCUUCGGCAGAGGGACGAAGAGGAGUUCGGAGAGGGAAAGUGUGCCCACUACCAGCAAUUCCUCUGGGACCUCUUGGAGAAGCCGACCACCUCCAUCGGUGCGAGGGUAAUAACAAUCAUCUCGAUCCUCUUCAUCGUUCUCUCGACGGUUGCUCUCACCCUCAACACCAUCCCUCAGCUGCAGACGAAAGACGAAGGAAUAGCCCACGACAAUCCGCAGUUGGCAAUGGUAGAAGCAGUGUGUAUAACAUGGUUUACCCUAGAAUACGUCCUUAGGUUUUCGGCAUCACCUAAUAAAUGGAAGUUUUUCAAAGGAGGACUGAAUAUAAUCGAUCUGUUAGCUAUAUUACCGUAUUACGUAUCACUUUUUCUCGUCGAAACGAAUAAAAACGCAAACGAUCAGUUCCAGGACGUCCGGAAAGUCGUCCAAAUCUUCAGGAUUAUGAGGAUACUCAGGAUACUCAAGUUGGCAAGGCACUCGACGGGCCUUCAAAGUUUGGGUUUCACCUUGAGGAACUCUUACAAAGAACUCGGGCUUCUAAUGCUCUUCCUCGCAAUGGGAGUGUUAAUAUUUUCCAGUUUGGCCUAUUUCGCUGAGAAAGACGAACCCGGUACCAAAUUCAUAUCUAUCCCGGAGACAUUCUGGUGGGCGGGUAUCACAAUGACAACGGUAGGAUAUGGAGAUAUCUACCCCACGACCCCACUGGGGAAAGUGAUUGGUAGUGUCUGUUGUAUCUGCGGGGUCCUCGUAGUCGCUCUUCCUAUUCCUAUCAUCGUCAACAACUUCGCCGAGUUCUACAAAAACCAGAUGAGGAGGGAGAAAGCGUUGAAGAGGAGGGAGGCUUUGGAGCGGGCCAAGAGGGAGGGGAGUAUCGUUUCCUUCCACCACAUCAACCUUAGGGACGCCUUCGCCAAGAGCAUGGACCUCAUCGACGUCAUAGUCGACACAGGUCACAACAUCGGGAGCGAGGCGGUGGUGGGGACCGAGCCGGAGCCCAAGGUGGUCCCGAGGGUGAGCGCGGUGGUCCCCAGGCCAGUGGGGGCGCCGCUACUCGACCUCGAGCCGCCACAGGCCAUCCCCCAGCCCAUCCUGCCCCAGCAGUCUGCCAGUCCCGUCAGUCCUCUUCCAGGCAAUGAUAGCAGGAACGAAUCCAACAUCCUCUCAAAAUUAGAAGAAUUACCAAGCGAAUUCGAGUGUUGCUUUUGUAACACGAAGGACCACAAGGAGUAUACGGACCCGGAGAACUUGAUGCUCUUCCCGACUUCCGAAUUCCGUAAUCCCAUCUGUCUCGAGAUGAAGCUACUUUCCCGGGGAAUAGACAUGUCAAACGCUGUCAUGGACCUCGGUUCAGUAGACUCUUCGGACACGUACGCCUCCUGCAACACGGCACCGUUUCCAUCGCAGGUGGACCUGACGGAGGACUCCAACUUGUACGUGAACCCUCUGGAGCUGAGGAACGUCAAGAAGUCUGCUUCGGGGGACACGAUGCUGCGGGGGUCGCCGACGGGAGAGGAGGCUUGGAUCGGAUCCAGGGGAAGUCUCAACGAUGCACCCAUUCCCAAGCACAGGAAAACCAGGUUCCAACAGGCAUGUAUUCCUUUUAAAUGUAAAAAUGGAGAGAGCCGUUCCUCCCUGUCCGUGGACUCAAUAGACUCGAGGAUCUGCCAGACACCAGAAGCCCAUCGGAGGUCAAAGUCAAUUCUGAAGAAAGUAGAUUCUGCUCCUAACCCAAGGCGGGAUCCAGAGACUGAAAAACUCAUCUCAGAUAAUGUUUCUGCAGCUGGUUCUGACUACUCUCCAGGUAAAAGUCCCUUAGGUGGAAUUGUUAAAACAAGAAACAGCCUUAAAUUUGCUGUUAGUGGUGACUUAAGUCCACCACUCUACAUCUGUCCACCUCCUCCACCUAUGGAGACCUCUCCUACUGAAGAGACACGUCUUCUUGGCUCAGCAAGGAUUUCUUCUUCUUAGCAGUCCUCUAUAGCCAUGAGGAUAUCGGCCUGCUCAAGGUGAGACGACAAUUAUGUGAUGGACAAUUGUAACUCCUUGUAAUUGAUGUGUAUAUUAAUAACAGCGAAGACACUGCUUUACCCAACGAACCGCCCCUUCCCCAUUGUAUAAGAUUAAUAUUUUAAUACUAGAUAUUAAGGUUGCUCAAGCACUCGAGCGGAAUUAUUAAAAUGGUUAUACUGGAAUGUAUGAGAGUGCGAAUGUUGUGUACAUACAUGUAUAUACUUAUAUUCAUAAGUAUUAAAUAAAUGAUUAUUUAAUUUUUAAUGUAUAGAGCAGAAAUAUUAGGCAGUUAUUAAAUUUAAUAAGAUUUUUUAAAGAGAAAACUGCCUACUUCAAGCUCUGAUAAAAAAACAAAAUAAUAAAUUUUCAUAUAAUUAAUUCUGGACCAGUUAAACCUAACAGUAAUAAGCAAAACUAUAAGGCUCAUUUUUUUUUAAAAAGAGCUUCUAAUCAAUUCAUUUCGAAAACAUGAUAUUUUAUUUUUACUGAUUUUUAACCAAAAUGUAGUUCAAUAUGCUCGUUUAAAAGCUCUUACAAUCUGCAUUGCAUUAAUAGAACUAGUUACUGGUCCAGAAUUACAAAUGUCAUUUUUUAUAUGAUGAAAAAUUAAUUAGAAAAACGAAUGGCAAUAGUUAUAUGGUUGAAAAGCAAUUACAUAUCGAAAUAGAAACCAAAGUAUUAUUUAAUUUGUGAAUGUUUGUAAUGUAUAUAAACAUAGUUAUUACAAAAACUGACAUCAAUAUUCAGGAUUAUAUUCAAAUUUACAUACAAAUAGAUUUAAGAAAUUCUUAUGUUAUUACGUUACAUUGGCAAGAGCCUUCCAAAUGUAUAUUACAAUGGGUCAAAAUACAUAUACAUUCUUGUAAAUCCUUGGCAUAUGUUUCAUUGAGUUAUUACACAAAUAUAAGUUUAAUUUUCAAUUAGACCUCUUCAACUAAAUUUUUAUAUCAUCAAUUUAAAAUUAUUAUUACAAUUUUUGAUAGUAAAAAUAGCUUUAAUGCUUUUCUUUCUAAGUAAUGGGAUUACUUUAUAUUUCCUUAUAAAACAAUGCCAAGGUAACUCCAUUUUUAGGAGAUAAUAUAUUCAGUCAAUCAUUAGACAUAACUAAAACUGCAUUUCAUGGAUUAUAUUAUAUAAAAAUCAAUGUCAGUUCCAUACAGUAAAAAUUAGCUAUCCGUAUAUGUAAAGUUAUGUUUCCAUUUAUAAAUGAAAUCCAGGUAUUAUGUAUGACUGUGUAAGAUAAUAUUACCAAUAAGGAAUUUAUACUUACACACUUAUACAACAUGAAUGAGUGUGAAAAGAACCGAGAACAAUCUUAAAUUUUUUAUUGGUCACAAAAUGGCAAAGGCCUAUUCGAGCUCUUAUAAACACGCUUUAGUUGGAGCCACACUCACUGUCCUGGUUCAAGAAUACAGUAGCAUAGAAAGGCUGUUGAGUGUCGACCAACUGUGCUUAUCGAAAUAUAAAAUUAAAGUAUAUAUAUAAAUAAAAGCUUAUUCUUGUCGCAAGGGAAUUAUCAGUUUUAUUUUUUUAAUAAAUGGCAUAUAAAAAAAUUGAGAAUCAUCAAAUGGUUCUCGUUCAUUAAUA